AUGUCUGCGUCGUACUUGAACCUUGACACAAAGAUGCGCGCCAUUGUCAACAACUGCCGCUCUGUCAAUAGACUCCACCCGGUUGUAUCUGAGUUGUGCGGGUCCUCUGAAUUCAAGCACUUCUUUUUGAGUAGCUUGAACCAAGACCUACAUGUGAUUUGCCAGCGCUCCCAAGUACUUGCCCAUGGUGAAAUCACGGUUAUCCAAAAAGCCUUCGGUGUUCUCAUGGAGAAGAAAGAAGAUCUCAUCCCUGCAGUCGAACUCUACGUGGAUGAGAUCCUAGGUCUCAAGUUCGUGUCAGAAUCCGACAGAGCUACAACUUUGGACACAAUGAUUCAGACAAGGCACUCUAUCCUGAGCCUAGAAGCCUACGGCAGCAAGCCUAAUCAGUUACCUAAAGCAGGAAGUUGCGCUCUGCCAUCAUGUAGCCAUUCAGCAUUGAGUGACGACAAGCCAGUCAGUGAGGCAUGGUUCAUCUCCGACGGUAGCGAAGAGUCCCGAAUCUCUGAAAUGCCUCAUAUCGCUGGCGAGCAAGACGAGAACUAUGGGGACGAGAAGCUCAAAAGGCUGUUCAUCGUGUACCAUAAAGCAAGGAAAGAUUACGAUGCCACGCCAGCGAAGACCCUAGAGCGCACAAAGUCAGCCAAAUUCUUGCGCGACACAACGGAAAAUUGCCUCGCAUACAUCGCGGCGAAGCAGACCCGACCCGGAGGAAAGAUGCUGGAUGAGUUGAGAGCUACCCUUGAGGAGACUAUAGCAAUAGCAGAGCAAGGGUCUGGAGGCAAGAAGCGCCGUUUCGAUGAGAAUUGGGAGAAUGUUCCCCAAGAGCCUGCUAAGAUGCGAGGUCCCCGUCCAUCUGUGGCUCCGCCAUUGGGCAAUUCUGACCCUGUCCCCAGAGGCCGAGCUUCAGAUACAAAGCCGAGACCUAUCACUUCUCGUAUUCAGGAACAUCAGGUAUCACGAAAACCCGACUACCGCCAGCAAAAUACGAACCUGGCCGAGCGUAGACGCUCAGAUCUACCUCAUCAGCUCUAUCCUGCCUCUGCUGGCCAGUCUGUACGUCGUGUGUUCGGACAUCGCCACAAGCCGCAUGCGGAGCGAAAACCCUUUAGUGGUCACGUUUACGGAGAUCGCUACCGUCCCACGUACAUAUGA